CCUCUCCAUUCUUUACACAUCACACAUUCGCCAUGGCUCUCAAGAGAAUUAACAAGGAACUCACUGACCUCGGCCGUGAUCCCCCCUCUUCUUGCUCUGCUGGUCCUUCCGGAGAUGACCUGGUAUGGUUUCACCCCUCCGACCCCUCGUUGCACACGGUCGCAUUGCCGCUUUCGCCGACUGCGGCGGGGCAAUCCAACGCAGUUUUGCCUCAGACCUCUUUAUCAACGACAUAAUGCCUGAAAUGAAUACUGACAAUGGUUUGCUGCACAGUUCCACUGGCAAGCAACUAUCAUGGGUCCUGGUGACUCCCCCUACUCAGGAGGUGUUUUCUUCCUGAACAUCCACUUCCCCACCGACUACCCGUUCAAGCCCCCGAAGGUCAACUUCACCACUCGGAUCUACCACCCCAACAUUAAUGCCAACGGCAGCAUCUGCCUUGACAUCCUCAGAGACCAGUGGAGUCCUGCUCUCACAAUCUCGAAGGUGCUACUUUCGAUCUGCUCCAUGCUCACAGACCCCAACCCCGACGACCCGUUGGUGCCGGAAAUCGCUCACGUGUACAAGACGGACCGUCCCCGGUACGAAGCGACCGCGCGGGAAUGGACUCGCAAAUAUGCCAUCUGAUCUUCGCAAUUCAAUUUCCACGGCCACCUUGGUCUUCCCAAUCCGCUUCUGCGUCUUCUUUCACUCCGUUAGAUCAGAUCCGAAGCCUGGCGUACCGUGAUCGUAGAUCCUUUCCUUGUUAUUCUCCGUGAACUAUUUGCGUGUGUCUGGAAUUCCGCGUUUACCCCCUUAUUUUCGCUUUCUCCUUUUUAUUUGCGGGGGAAAUGUCAUAUCCAACGAUCAUUAUGACCACUUCUUCAUUAUGCAUUCAUGGCAUUUUUUAUUUUCACUCAAUGGAGUCGGAUAAAUGUUACCUGAUGAACAUAAGGCCCCAGGAAGGGUGUGGUUUUCGAUAAUUC